UGGGACCUUGUCUGUGACAGAAAAGGCCUGACAAAAACCACAAGCACAAUCUUCUUUCUUGGAGUGAUGAUGGGGGCCGUAGUUUUCGGAUUCCUCUCUGAUAAGUACGGGAGGAGAAACAUGCUCAUGACCUCGUACGUCGCGACCAUCGUGUUUGGCUUCUCCAGCGCGUUUUCAAACUCCUUCGUUGUGUUUUCAGUGCUGAGGUUUCUCACCGGGUUUGGACUGACCGGAGUCAGCAUCACAUCAAUAGUCAUUUGUGUUGAGUGGGUGGAGCCAGACCGUAGGUCGCUCAUUAUCGUGAUCGCCAGCCUGGCGUGGUCUGUCGGUAACAUGCUGCUGGCUGCCUUUGCCUUCUUGGUGAAUGACUGGCGGACGUUGAUCAUGACGGUCACAGCUCCGCUGAUCCUUGCAGUGUUCAGCUGGUGGUGGAUCCCUGAGUCUGCACGCUGGCUUUUAGCCCACGGGAAAGUGGACAGAGCCCACUAUUAUCUUGACAAAUGUGCCAAGUUCAACAAAAAACAAAAACUGUCAUCCACAUUUAAACAAGAGACACUCUCCAACAUGGAAAUCCUGGACAAGCAGGACAAAAACUACACGUACCUUCACCUCAUCAAGACCCCCAAGAUGAGAAAGUUAGCUCUAAAGACUGGGAUUGUGUGGUUUGGAGUUGCAACGACGUAUUAUGGAAUCAGCCUGAACGUCAGUGGAUUUGGUUUAGACAUGCACCUCACACACUUCAUCUACGCGGCCAUCGAGGUCCCUGCGAAGCUGAUACUCUUUUGCCUUCUCAACAUCAUUGGACGGAGGAAGUGCCAAGCUGGCACGCUGCUGCUGACGGGCAUCUGCAUCGCCAUAAACAUCUUUUUACCACAAAGUCUGCGGCAUUUACGUGCUGUUGUUGCCAUUCUUGGAAAGGGCCUAUCAGAGGCGUCCUUCACGACCGUCUUCCUCUACACAACAGAGCUUUACCCCACAGUCAUCAGACAAAAUGGAUUGGGCUACAACAACUUCGUGAGUCGCGUGGGAGUCUCAGUGGCGCCGCUCAUCCUGAUGCUGGAGGACGCAUGGACUCUUCUUCCUCAGAUCAUCAUCUGCUCUUUGGCCGUCACCUCUGGCCUGGCGGCUCUGCUGCUUCCAGAGACGCUGAAUGAGAAGCUGCCUGAGACAAUAGACGACAUCGAGAAGCCGAG